AUGUGUUCCUUAUUUAGCGGGUCACGAAAACGGAGUAUGAGGAGUAAACGAAGUAUUAGAAGGACUAAUCGAAGUAUUAGAAGGAGUCGACGUCGGUUAGAGCUGAAAGAAGUUCCAAAAGCUGAGAAGAAAGAAGUCGAGAACAAAGCGGAGAAGGCAGCAUCACUCGAAGCAGACAGGAAAAAGCCUUCACUUCAACAGUCAGGAGACGAUGACGCCGACGAGGACUCGGAUACCCUCAAGGGAGUUGACAGUAUAAGAGACGUAGAGGACGUUUCAACUACUCCACCGCAUGAUAUAGGAGCUCGUGGUAAAAAAUCGCAAGAUGAAGAUAAAAACCGUGAUUUAAUCAGACAAAGCCAUAGUGGCGACAAAUAG